UUGGAAUAAUCCAAGAUGUCUGCGCCCAUGGUUUGUGUUCCAGGACAGCGUUUAUGUCGGGAAGAAGAUAAGUUGAAGGCUGGUCGAGGCACUUACACCAGAAACAGUUUCAUAUAUUCAUCACUCGCAGGUCCAUUAAUAACUACAAAAAAUGAAGAUGGGAUGACAUUGGUGGAGGUGGUAAGGAAUGCAGAGGAAAACGUUGUCCCAUCUGUUGAUGCUCUAGUUACAGCAAAGGUGACCAAUGUGAACCCUAGGUUUUGUAAAUGUGCCAUCAUUAGAGUUGGAAAAACUACAUUAAAAGAUUCCUUCCGUGGGAUGAUAAGGAAGGAAGAUGUCAGGGCCACUGAAAAAGAUAAGGUUGAGAUGUAUAAAUGUUUCAGGCCUGGUGAUAUUGUGAUUGCUAGAGUGAUCUCCCUUGGUGAUUCACAGUCUUACCUUCUUACUACGGCAGAAAAUGAAUUGGGUGUUGUCAUAGCAACCAGUGAAGCAGGAGCGAGUCUUGUACCGGUCAGCUGGAAUAAGAUGAGGUGCCCUAAAACACUUACAGAGGAGUACAGAAAAGUUGCUAAAGUUCAACCACAAUAUAUUGUAUACUCGGACACAUAGUUGUUCUGUUUUUAACACCACCCCAGUCACUUCUGCGGGAAUUAGACUGUGCAUUAAUGAACCAUCUAUCUGUCUGGUACAAGUAACAAGAUUAGGUUUAUGGCCCAUAUUUCUGUAAACACAUAAUAGAUUUACAUGACAAUAGAAUAAGGGAUGCCACUGUUCAGCAAAAGGAAAUAACUAAAGAAAAAGACCCAAGGAUCAUUAAUUCAGUUAACAUUCUAUCUAUCCAUUUUUUUGUCUGCUUCAAGUGACAUUAGCAGAGCAGGUAGUUAGGACAAUAUUAAGAUGUGUGAUCUACUUUUCUAUAUUAUGGUACAUUGUUUCUUUUGUGAAUUUAGAUUAUAGGUAAUCUCUUCUCUGGCACUUCAGUACUUAUAUCCUUAGAACUAAAAGUACUGUAGUAGUGCUACUUUAUGAAUUUAAUGACCAGUACAAAAAAGUCAUGACACUUAACUUGUAGUUUGCUGGAGGCAAACAGAUUCUACCCUUGCAACCAGUGCAGAUCAAAAUAUGCCAGAUCAUUGUGCCAUCUGAUCAUGGUCUACACUGCUCUGUUAUUCAGUCAGUGCUAUUUUGAAAAUUUCCCAAUAAUGAUGAAUGGAUCAAUCCUAAUUGAAAGAUGGACAAGACCUUUAAAGAUAUUUAGGAGAGAGUUAAUGAAUAUUUCCUGAGUUUAUGACCUCAGCAAUAAUGAGCAAUUUACUUAGCAGUUGCUGGAUGGCCAUGAUGUUAUGUUUUGUGUUUUGCUGGGAUAUUGUAUGUGUCUUAUAUUUCGUUGUUUUCAUUUAUAUUGUUUAAUGUUUCGUAUUACCAUUUGUAAUAAAAUAUCAUGAACAUUUA